CACAGGAGCCUCUCCGGUGUCCUUGGCUGCUCGCUGACAGGGUCUGCGGUCCAGGCACACAGCAGCGGGGGGCUCGGAAUAAAGCCUGCCACCAUGUGGAGCUGCGGCCCACUCAACGGCACAGCCGGUGCAGAGGACCAGCCCCUGUGCCAGCAGUUCCACCUGGCCCUGUCCGUGCUCUCGCUGCUCUACCUGCUGCUCGGCGUCCCUGUCGGCCUGGCCUACAACGCCCUGCUCGUCCUGGUCAACCUGUGCGACCAGGGCGGCAUGACCAUGCCCGACGUCUACUUCGUCAACAUGGCGGUGGCAGGCGUGGUGCUCAGCGCCCUGGCGCCUGUCCACCUACUGGGCCCCACCACCUCCGGCUGGGCCCUGUGGGGCUUCAGCAGUGAGGCCCACGUCACACUGCUGGUGCUGUCCAACGUCUCUGCCCUGGUGACCACGUACUCCACGGCCCUGCUCAGCCUCGACUGCUAUAUUGAGCGGGCACUGCCGCGCACCCACAUGUCCAGUGCCUACAACACCAGGCACGUGUGCGGCUUCGUUUGGGGUGGGGCCCUGCUCACCAGCUUCUCCUCGUUGCUCUUUUACAUCUGCAGCCACGUGGCCGCCAGGGCCACUGAGUGCUCCCAGAUGCAGCACACAGAGGCUGCCGAUGCCAUCAUGGUGCUCAUCGGCUACGUGGUCCCUGCCCUGGCUGCGCUCUACGCGCUCGUGCUCCUCUCGAGGAUCUGGAAGGAGGACACGCCGCUCGACAGGGAUGCGGGGAGGCUGGACCCCUCGGCGCACAGGCUUCUGGUAGCCACCGUGUGCACGCAGUUUGGGCUCUGGAUGCCUCACUACCUGACCCUCCUGGGCCACACGUUGUUGGCCUUUCGGGGUAGGCCCGUCGACGGGCGACCUCUGGGGGUCCUGCUCUUCUCGAAGGACCUGUCGCGGCUCCUAGCCUUCUCCAGCAGCUGCGUGACGCCGCUCCUUUACCGCUACAUCAGCAGGACCUUCCCUGGCAGACUCCGGCGGCUGGUAAAGAAAAUGCACUGUGGGCGCCAGAGCUGCUCCCCGGACCAGGCAGGGGUGCAGCAGGUGAUGGCAUAGAGCCAGCUGCUCGAGUCACAGCUGCUUUCUGAGGGUCCCCGGCCGCCUCCAGUGCCCCCUGCCUCAUCAUCAGAUUGGCAGUCAACAGUAUGCCCUGGAGGCACAGUCUAGGGCCCCUCCUGGGAGACAGGUGACCUGACAAACACUCAAACCAUAUGCAUGGCACUCUGUCACUGUCGCUCUGUCACGCUCUUCCCUAGGAUGUCACUGAGGCCAGAACAAAGAACAGCACGAAGAGUGUUCUCUCCGAGUUUUUUGCUGUUCCGUCCAGGCUGCUCUUGGGCCAAGGCGGCGCUGUCCACGGCAGGAAGCCCAGUGUGAAAAGCAGCUGUGUGAGCCCCACCUGCUUCGGUUCGAGGUGGGUGCCCUGCUCUGCCUGCCGGGGCCACACCUACCAUCGCGUCCUCAGUCUGGCCUCCUCCACUCUGGGUUUCUGAAUGAAGCCAUGAGAAUCCAAUCCAAUAUUUAUACAUGGUGCCGUUAAAAUACUCGAUUCCCCCUUUAUUUUUGCUUAUAAAAAGAUUUGAUGGAAGUCACAAAAGUAUGAAAAUGAAGGAGACAACACAAGAGGGCACUGAGUUGGAGGCGGGCUUUGCUACUGCAGUGUCUCACUGAGGAGGGGUAAGCAGAGGCACGUGCCUCGCCACACACACAGGCAGUGUGCAAAUGCUUCAAAGGACAGGGCCAGCAGCGUGGCUGGCCUUAAGAGGAAAGCCCUUAAGGAGCCCUCCCUGCCCGCUGAACACACCCAGUACCCCUGUUGCCCUCACGGGUGAUGUCCACUGAUGCCCCAAAGUGUGCACCAAACCCCACAAUAAAAAUAAGCCCAAGAAAAGGAAAUGUGGUUAGGCUUUCUAACCUAACAUGGAUGCUGGAAGGGACUGUGCAGGGGAGAGACAGGCCUGGAAGACGGAGCCCAGUCCGGCACCCAGGGCAGAGCGUGAGGCCACACCGCCUUGCACCUGACACCAGCCUGCUUCGCCAGCUGCAGUGGGUGCCCGGAUCCUUCCACACCGAGUUCCGUAAGCAGCUGCUCUGAAACCGUGGCAGCAGAAGCCCCCCGCCCUCCUCCACACCAUCUGCCCACCCGCACGCCAACGUCACAGGCCAGCAGCCCUCCGCGCCAACCCGCAAAGCUCCGAAAACAGGAAGACUGAUUUCUCAGGCCUGUGGCAAAUCCACUCGGUAGCAAACCCCGACCUGAAGCAGUGUGAGGGCAUGUUUCUGGGGGAAGAUGGACGUGAAUGUGACUACGGGGCCCCACCUUGGCCCCACGGCGCCCUGCAACACACAGCACACGCGGCAUGUUAACUGCCAGCGUGCAAACGCAGACAACAGGUAAACGUAGGUCGUUUGCUGAAAGCAGCCAGGAGUGUGUGUGUCCCUUCGGAUGCGGCUCACAUGUCACCCUGAGCCUUCCUGUGGGGUUGCAGUGGUGGAGGGAACUGCUAGGGCUGGUCGUGGGGAACUCCGACCUGCUCUUGGGUUUGCGCAUCCGGGAAAAGUGUUGUUGUUGAUGCACUGCAUUUAUUUAUUUAUUUGUACCUUCCGACUCCCUUCGUCCCCGUCAACCUCCCAUCGGUUCUGUCUCUGUGACCUUGGUCGCUUUUUCGCAAAGAUCCCACGGAGAAGUGAGAUCACAUGGGAUUUCUCUCCUUGGAUUCGUUUCACUUGGCACAGUGCCCUCCAGGCCCAUCCACGUUGUCCCACACGUGCAGAUUUCGUUCCUGUUUGUGGCUCAUAUUCCACAGUAUGCACAUGCAUGUACCCCCCUCCCCAUCUUCUUUAUCCACUUGUCCAUCAAGGGAAACUCAGCUGCCUGGUUCUGGUCUGUCAUGAAUCAUGCCGCACUGACUGUGGGUGCAGACACCAUUCUGAGUUAGUGUUUUUGUUUCCUUUGGGCAAAUACCCAGAAGUGUGAUCACUAAAUCACCGGUAGAUCUGCUUUUGGCUCCCGAGGGACGCCGUACUGUCCUCUAGAGCGGCCGCACCAGUCGGUCUUCCACUGAGUGUCACAAGGGCCCCUUUCCUGCACAUCCUGGCCAGCUCUCGUCACCUUGAUGACAGCACCCUAACAGGGUGAGGGGCUCCAGUGUGGGUGCACUUCUCUGGCGAGUGAUGCCGACCACCUCCUCACGUACAUGUUGGCCGUCUGUGUUCUCUGGAGAAAUGUCUAUUCUGAUCUUCUGUAACCAGAUUUUGUAAUCAGAUUUUAUUUUACUACUGAGUUGUGGAAGUUCUUUCCUUAUCAGAGAUAUUAACAUACUAACUUUUGACAACCUGAAAACUUAAUUCUGACACAUUUGGUCUGAGGGUAACAGAGUGUGGCUCUAUGUGUUGCCACAAUCCAUUCGGGGAACUCGCAACAUUUGGUCCUGGUCUCUCCGGAGGUCCAGCCCAUGCCUCAAUUGCCAUCACAUUUCUCUCUGCAGAAUAUAUCCCCUCAGGGAUGAUAUGACUGAGUUAGGAGUCUGCCUGUGCAGAAGCAGGAAAAUACACUGGACACCAGGGCCCGGGUCCUACCUGCCUCUGGUAGCUGUGAAAUUUUGGACACCUGGGGCCUCCUCCUCCACUUCCUGGCCAGUAAAUCGGAGGCAGAAUUAGAGAAGUUUCCAGGUUGCUUCUGUCCAUGGACUUGCUAUUUCUACUGAGGGACGCAGCAUCCUCUGCUGCUGGUCUUCAGGUGUGCCAGGGUGUCCCCAGGUCCUGCAAGUCUCAGGCCCAACCCCCACACUCCUCAAGCUGUGGGCUGCACGGCAGGUGGUCCGGGGCCACGGCUCCAUGUAGGAAGCCUGGUGUCGGCUGCGCAAGCGGCCGAUGCAGCCGCAGAGUCUCAAGCGUCACAGCCAUGGUGCCUCUAACCUCAGACACACCUGCUACGGCGCACCCUCAGUCCUCACCAGGCAGGGGGCAAGGUCCACCACACACUGCCAGGCUCUUGCGUCAGGAAGCCAGCAACGCUCCUAGUGGACAUGGGAUCCAGCCAGUGGGUGGGUUUGUGGCGGCAGUGCUACUUGAAACAACAAGACCCUUUCCCUGUUCAUCUGUUCUGCUCUUUGCUCUAGAAAGAGCUCCCAGGAGAGAAGGAGGUCCCAAGGGCACAGAGCCAAGAGGCACGUGGGUCUCUGCAGCCCCUACAGCCCCUGAAGCCCUCACCCUAAGUGGGCUCCCCCAAACACAAGAGGGGCUGAGAAUCACAGCUUGUGAUUUCUCAGUGGCUUUGGUUGCAACGUGGCUUGUUUCCGGGACCUCUGGGGGCCUGAGCGGGUCUCACCCGUGCCAGUGACAGAGGGCCCCCAGGGGCUGGGUCUCUGGUGCAGCCCCUUACCUCUCACGAGACCCCUCCACUGCUGUCAUGGUGUCCCUGGGUCUCAUGGCCAUGUUUUUGGCCUCCAAGCUCUUCUCCCCAGGGGACUUCUCUGCCACCAGCCCCAUGUGCUGCAGGACCUACUUUCCAUGUGGUGUUGAUCCAUCCACACUCACCUGGGGUGGACCCAGGGGACAGAGCCUCCCUUCCUGGUGGCGCUGCCUCUAGCGCUCCUGCCCACGUGGCCUGAGACUCGGACGAGUUCUGAGCCAAGAGGAAAAAACGAGCAGACUGUGAACACAAUCCUACACAUCACAUACCUGUUGUUUUAACUGCCCGAGUUAAGGGCCAAGUGUGUUACAAGGUCAUUAAUUUUGUUACCAAUCCUUCUUAUUACACUUUUCAAAUUAAUAUUAUUUUUGCUAAUCACAAAAACUCAUCUACCUUGUCAUGCUCAUUUAAGAUUCCAGAAGGUGAAUUUAAAUUUAGGUUUGCUUCACAAAGGUUAUAAAAUUUGUCACGGGAAACCGGGGUCUCCUGUUCGUGGUGGCCAACGCGUGAGUCAGACACCCUCUCCUUUACCAAAAGCACGUGAUAAAGGAUAAACCUGGAGUCAAUUAUUAAAAAGCUAAAUUACAAGUCAAGUUCUUGGAUUUUAAGUCAGCUGGAAAUAUGUGGGCUUUGUCACUUGUCACCUGCUACAUCUGUCCCAGCAGUUGGACCGUUUGCCUCAAAUUCUAUGUAUGUCAGGGGGAUACCUGCUGAAGAAAACCCCACACGUUUGAAGACUUAGGUCACUUGAUGUCAAUCACCCAAUUCUGGAACUCUCAGAAUGUGUAUUUCCAGGGGUGUGUGGCGCAUAUCAGAAAGGGCACAGGCCUUAGUGUAAGAUGGGUCUGUCCCCUGGCCACACGGGUCAUGCCAUUGCCAGGCCCUCCUCUAUCACAGGGAUGCCCACCAGGCUGUGCACCUGCAUGCUCCCUCAGCUGCCUCCGCGAGCGCCCCAGGCCCCACUGUGAAGACCACCCCACCAGUCUGGCAAACAUUCUUCCCUGAGAACAGACAUCAGAGGAGCGCUGAGGACAGACCUGAGGGGCCCCAGCAGCUGUGUGGGGGUCUGUCCCUCCACCCCCGUCCCUCUGCAAGAGGUGAGCGUGCAGUGCACAUGGCAAGCUCUUGAUACAUCUGAGUAACGAGCGAGUAAGUCAUCUAGGAAUGAGAUCAUUGGAAUAUACCCAUUUUGUAUGAAUAAAGAAUGCAGUUUAAAGAAUUA